AUGGCAACUCAACCACCACCACCUCCCCCAGUCGCUGGUGGAAGCAGUGCACCCCUCGCGCCCAACCCCUCCUCCUCCACCACCACCACGCAACCCCCUCUCCGACCACCAACACAAUCGCAGAAUGCAGGUCCACAUCUCCUAUCACUAAAGGUCAUGCGUGCGUCCGCACCUUCCCUUGCCGUCUCCGAAAAACCUUAUUACGACUCCCACCUUCCCUCCUCUUCCCCUCUAAUAGCUGCUGUUGGAAAGGGAAUCUCCGAAUCUCUCUCUUCUGACCCCUUAUCCAACCAUUACCCCGACGCCCCCUCCUCAAACUUCCCCAUCUCCAACCUACUCACCCUUCCGUCGUCAUUUGGAACCCUCUACCUGGGCGAAACCUUCCGCACAUACCUUUGCGUCCGCAACGAAUCCCCCACCUCCCCAGUCCGCGAACCCUCCCUUCGAGCAGAAAUGCAAGUUGGAUCCUCCGAAACUGAAGGUCGCUGGCACCAGCUUGCGCAUAUAAUCCUCCCCUCACCCACUUCAACCUCCAAAUCUGGAGAGCCGGUGUGGGAGCUCCCUCCCUCUGCGCCUCUCGAAACCUCGCUAGGUUACGAUAUAAAAGACUUGGGGCCGCACGUGUUAGUCUGUACAGUCGGGUAUAAAGCUCUAUCGGCAGAAGGUGGGUGGGUAGAGAGAAGUUUUAGAAAGUUUUAUAAAUUUAGUGUGGAUAGAAGCCCGAUUAGUGUUAGGACGAAAGUUCACCAGCCGAGAAAUGUGGCCAGUUUGUAUCAUGCGGAUGAGGGUGUGAGGAAGAGGGUGGAGUUGGAGGUUCAGGUUCAGAAUGCUAGUGCCAAUGGGAUGAGGUUGGUGUUUGAGGGGUUGAGUCUGAGGCCGGCGGACGGGUGGCGUUGGGAUAGUGUUGAUAGACCCUCCUUAACCCCCAACUCCACCAAAGGGGAAAGUGUGGAGGAGGCAAGGGAUAUGUGGCUAAAGCCGAACAACGGAGGACAUGAGGCUUUGGCAGAUGGCGAUAUCCGACAGUACCUGUUCACUCUCCAUCCCAAACCGGGUGUGAAGUUGGGUGGGGGAGUCGAUUUGGGUAAAUCAGUAGAAGGAUAUCUGAUCAGAGGUGAUGCUUUGGGGAACUUGGAUAUUGGUUGGAGGAUGAGUUUGGGUGAACCUGGACGACUUCAAACGAGCCAAUUAGUACGACGUCGGGUCGUACCGCUUCCUGUCGUCCUACCCUCUGGUACAUCCUCAUCACCUGGAGCGAAGCUAAAGACUGAGCUGAUGGUUCUUCCAGACGCACUCGAAGCGCUGCGAAAGAUAACUCCAGGAGGGCAAGUGGAAUUGGGAGUAAAGGUGAGGUUGAGUGAUGUCUGUGGGUCCGACCUUCCACCUCCACCACAAAAGGGGUCGGAAGGGGAGAGGGGGGAGAUUGAAGGAGAGACGAAAGUGGAUGGGGAUGAGGUCGAUGAAGAUGACGAUGAUACACCGCUGUCUCAAAUCGCUGCUUCUUCUCCUCGUGCUUCUCGACGCAACAUUUCAACCUGCCUUGCUGCGAGCUCGAACAAUGAGGAUCUAGAACCGAUCACAAUACGACGCACGCUAAAAGUGGCUUUACAACACUGUUCGAUCCUUCCUCCUCCCCCUCCUAAUUCCUUUCCCUCAAUCGAACAGGAUGUUGGGGGCGCAUCAACACCACGCAAGCUCCCUCUCCGCGCAGGAUCCGCAUCCCGAACCUCAACUGCAACACCCGCGGCCAUAGACAAAGCCAAAUCUCGUCUUCAAGCCAAUCUUUCCAACCUCGUCCGCGGAUCUUCCCUCUCACUGCGCGGUCGAGGAAGUAUGGACAUCGCUUCUGACGACGCUAGCAGCGGAACAGGGAUUAGUAGAGGUGGAACACCACAGCCUCCAGCAGUACCGCCUAAAACUCUCGCUCCAGCAGCAAUCAUCGCAGAGCCGCAGCAAGAGAAGGAGAGGGUCGAGUAUCCAGAACCGACUUUAAGCUGGAGUAGAGUACAAGAGCUCUAUUUGGAAUGGCUGCAAGGGAAUGCACAAGCGAUAACUCGUCCUGCAGGGCCGGUGAGUGUACCGGACCGCUUUUUACCCACGCCGCAUCUGGUGAGGUUUGAGGGCGGUUCGUUGGUUAAGCUUCCGGAGAUUGGAGUCGAGAUCAAGGUUUUGAGAAGUAGGAGUAAUGGGCUGCUCUAUCGCACAGAACAGGAUGGAGAGGGGGCAGAAGGGGAAGUGGAAGGAAAGCUCAAAUUCGCUGUUGCUGAUAACGUUGACGAAGAGGAAAUGGGAAGGGUUGUGAGAUUCGGUGCGUUACGAGUGCUAUUGUUGGGCUACAAGGAACAAGGUGGUGGUGAGCAAGAGAGGGAAUGCGCAAAGAUAUUACUCGAGCUUCCAGUGUUUGCAGAAGCUGUUCUCCCUCCAUAUUGA